CCUCCCGAUCGCAGUUGCGGGGGAUCGAACCGUGGUCCUCCCUACCAAGUUCAGUGCCAAUAACCACUGAACCAACUAACGAUUGGGUAAAAAAAACUCUAUAUUUACAAGGACUAAAAUGAUAUUUAAACCUUUAUUUAUUGACUAUAGUGAUGGAUAAAUAAAUUUUGUCCCUAAAAAUGUAGUCUAGUUAUUGUAAUGCUCAAAUGUCUGUCAUGUUAAACGCUAUCUAUGAAGGCUAGAGAUGCUCCAAAAUAUGAAAUGGGUGGGUGUUGUACCUGAAGUGUGUGCAAACUCAUCACUAGUCAUCAGUUUUCCGAGUCUGCAGUUUUUGCCGUUCUAACUUCCUCCAAGAGCGUGAAACCCCUUGAAACUCAAAAUUUUAUCGUUCCAGUUGUCUUCGCGUGCACCCGGAUGUUAUUUCUGCAUGCGAAGUUAGUCACACUACAUUGUCCUCAAUGUAUAGAACAUAGCAAUGCAGUCAACAAUAAAAUAAGACAAGAAAAAUGAAAUGAGUAGGGAAAGAAACAUUCUUGUCAAUUAAUGUAGAUGGCCCCUUGUAGGUGGAUAUCUUCCACCAUGUCCUCUGUCACCGAGACUCUGCGGAUACUUUCAGACACAUGUUCCAAAAGUAUUUUUUUAUUGUUUUUUAUGAAUAUUUCUUGGAUACUUCCUAUAUUUCCCGAGUCCUGGUACUCCUUGGACAUCGACAAUUUUUUUGUAGUCCCUGUUUUGAGUUCUCCUAAAGAUUCUUUUGUUGAUAUCAAGUCAUUUGAGUUAGAUUUUAUGUUAGAGACAAAACUCUAAAGUUUUUGCUUGGAAUAUAAGUAUCUUUUUGUAAAUUGUGGAUAUUGUGAUUGUAUUUUUUUGAUGAAUGCUUAUGUUUUUUUCUUUGCAAGUAUUUUACAUGUAUAUGAUUUUGUUAAUGUAUCCAGGUCUCGUAGUAUCCUGAAUUUCAAAAAUUUCUCAUAUCCUCUUAUCACUAUCAUACUAGGUACCUAGGGACUAUAGUGGUUUUUUUCUGUUUGCAUUUUUAGGGACUAAUGUGUCUUGCGGGAAAGCUAAUCAAAUAUAAACUUGGGAGUUUACUCCUUUCUUUUGUGUAAUCUAAACUUUCCCUUUAAUGUGAGCAUGAGGAAGUAUUUUGUUCUAAAGAAAUAACAGGGUCUUGCAGCGGAAAAGGAUGACGUGUCAAGAGGGACUUCAUCUUCUCCCUUUCAAGAUUUGGGUGCAUCAUUACCCUUGCCUCGUCCCGGUGCAACAGCCAUUGAUUUUAGGGUUCCUAUCUAGGGAUCCUAUCCAAUUUGCUAUAUAGGGAUAAUGUUAAGUCAUCAAUUGUUCAUUGGUGAUAAUGCUCUCAACGGCAACUCUGUAUUUUGGUGUAACAGCUCUUUGCCAGAUUUAAAAGGUUCGUCAAAAGGUUUCCCAAAGCACGAGACACGACACCUUUCAGAACACAAGAAUGUUGCCAGAUGUGCUAGGUUUAGCCCUGACGGAAGGUUUGUUGCCACUGGAAGUGCAGAUACAUCAAUAAAGCUAUUUGAGGUUUCAAAAAUCAAGCAAAUGUUGCUACCAGAUGCAAAGGAUGGUCCUGUGCGGUCUGUUGUAAAAACAUAUUAUGACCAUAUACAACCAGUAAAUGAUUUGGAUUUUCAUCCGCAAGGUACUAUCCUGGUCUCUGGAGCCAAAGACCAGACAAUAAAGUUUUUUGAUGUUUCAAAAACCAAUGCCAAGAGAUCUUACAGGGUUAUCCAGGACACGCACAAUGUUCGCUCUGUAUCUUUUCACCCCUCCGGGGACUUUCUGUUGGCAGGCACUGAUCAUGCGAUUCCACAUUUGUAUGAUAUAAAUACCUUUCAGUGUUAUCUUUCCGCAAAUGUCCCAGAUAAUAGCCCUAAUGGAGCCAUAAACCAGGUUAGAUAUUCUUGUACAGGUGCCAUGUAUGUUACAGCAUCGAAAGAUGGUGCUAUUCGGUUGUGGGAUGGCAUCACUGCCAAUUGUGUGCGCUCAAUAACUGCAGCACAUGGAACAGCAGAGGCUACCAGUGCAAUUUUUACAAGAGAUCAAAGGUUUGUCCUCUCCUGUGGUAAGGACUCUACCAUAAAGCUUUGGGAGGCUGGUUCUGGAAGAUUAGUCAAACAAUAUCUCGGUGCCGUACAUACACAACUAAGAUGCCAGGCUAUUUUUAAUGCGACAGAAGAAUUUAUUCUAUCCAUAGAUGAACUGAACAACGAGGUUGUUAUCUGGGAUGCGAUGACAACAGAUAUAGUAGCAAAAUGGCCUUCUAAUCAUGUUGGUGCACCACGCUGGCUUGAACACUCGCCAGUAGAGUCUGCUUUUAUUUCGUGUGGAACUGAUAGAUCAAUUCGGUUCUGGAAGGAGGUUUAAUAUAUAUACAGUCCCUAAUUAAAGCGAUCAAUGAAUAAAAUUUAGCUCAGGAAAUCUCUCUCGCCCAAUUUAUGCUACUAUUAUUCACUGCAAAAUCAGUAAAUGUAUUUGCUGCAUAAAAUUAGAGGAUUAUGUUUGUGUUGAUGUUGUGCGCUUAGUUUUUCAAGUACUUCUUAAUAACUGUUUAUUUCACAGUCCCUGUUUGGACCAACUUAGCUUAAUUUUGAUAUGUAUAAUGUUAACAGGUCUGUUUUGUAUCCCCCUCACCCAUUUUGACAUCGUUUAUUUUCACAUACUUCUAUUUGAAGUUCCUUAAACUAAAUUUAUAAAUGAACAAGAAUCGACUUGAGCUA